UAACGAUAGAAGCGGUGCUAUGAAGAAGUGUCUUUUACUAAUAUGUGUCCUCGCGACCGUUGGCAUAGUUAAUAGUAGUUUAGGUGUAUCAUAUUCGAUUUCAACAUUAUCACAAGUGAAGUCCGCCAUUGGAACUGGUGUCAAAUCGUUGACGACAGCAAUCGCCAAUAUAAAGGUAGAUCCGAGUGCGGAUACAAGUGGGGCAGUAACUGCUAUGCAGUUGAUAGGAACCGAUCUGACAUCCUCUCUCACCACGCUGUUUACCGCAAUUCAAACUGCGUUAUCUGCAACUUGUUGCGAUCCAACUACUGUGAUUAACACUGUGCUAACAGCCAUAACGAAUGCAGGAACAGCUAUCAACACCGCAACAACAGAUGCUGCUACUUUGCAAACUAUAGUCAAGACUACAACCUUUACGACGCUAUUGAACGCCUUGACAACUAUGUCAGAAGGAGUUGCGGACAUGAGUACUGCUUUUACAAACCUAGAAACCUUGAUGGUACAAGUUGUGGCUGCAAGUCCUACGGUUACAUCGGCAACAAUAACAAAUAUUAUUACCGCGGAAGUUGCGGCGACAGUUGCCGCACCAAUAAAUACUCUAGUCAGCGGAAUAACAUUAACAAGUGCCGUAAUCACUGCCAUCAGUACUGACGUAAGAAACAUAGUAUCUAUAACUACUAAAGUAAAUACAGCAAUCAACGCAGGAGUUACUGCUUUAACGCAGCCAUAUUCCUCUUUUACUAACAAUGCAAACUCUGCAACAACAUCGAUCACCAAUAGCGCGGCCAACACUAUUGCCAGUAUCGCGUCAUCGUACAACUCUAUUCUGGCUAAGGCAGCUAACUACAACAACGGAGACAUAAGCCCUCUGACCACCUUCAUAGCUGGUUUUUCGACUCUUAGCACGACUGCACUUACUGCAAUAUCAACGGCGGUAACGAAUGCUUUAAAUACUAUUCAAGCCACUCUAACAGCACAGGAAGCGGUCAUUACACCGGCAGUUAUGAUGGCGGCUGCCACCAUCACUUCGACCUCUCUGACAAGCACAAGUAAAUUUACCUCGACGUGUUUGGCCAAGUAUUCUGCACAGCUACAGGGAUCUAGCGUUUCGAUGCAACGCUUUUCGUCCUGCGUGUCUUCCGAAAGCAGUUCGGCGUUGACGGCUACCGUGUCACAGGAGUUCAACAUUAUAUCUGCCGCCAUGAGUGCACCAGCGUUAAAACUGAACCUCUGCACGGUCACGAACGGACAAUGCAGCUCGACGAUUUUCAGUGCCUUCACGGAUUUAGCGACCAGCGCCCAAAAUAUGUUCAACGUAAUCUCGUCAAUUGCCAGUACUUAUGAAGCUACGAUGACGCUCCGAGUCGAUACCUGCCUUACGGCAGUCUCCGGUGACAUCCAGGAUGUGAUAACACAGACUCUAACAAGCUUUACUAACUGCCUUACCGCGGGUAGUUAAAUAGACGAUCCUCGAGUUCUCUAGCAGACAAAUAGCGAAAUUGUUUAUCACCCUGGGCCAUCACGACAGUCGUCAUUUCAAAAACCCGUUUCUGAAAAUGGUUUGUCAAACCUACGAAAGCAUUCAUCAAAUCAGGGCUCAUGUUUACCAGUUUAAAAGAUAGAUUCGCUAGUAGCGAAUCGUUAAUAGAUUUCACGCUGUUUUUUUUUUUUCAAUGAAUUCACUUGAUGGGGAAGGAAACAUGCGGUUUUUGUUGAGAUAGAGAAAACAUGUAUUUAAACUAAUAAACGCUUAACAGUUUCUGCACAGUUUAUAGUUGAUUAAUAUAAUUGGUAAUGCAAAAAAAACGGGACAAACCAAGAUGACCACUACGGGGAAUCCCAACUAAGGCUGAAAGAUAGCUUGUACUGACGAAAAACCAUAAUGCUUUCUAGUUUAU